AUGACAUCUCUGUUCCAGCUCCCCGAGGAGCUUCUCCUAUCCUCCCUGUUUGAGCGUUUCCCCUGCCGCGAACGUCAGAUCCGUUCCUUAGCUACUCUUCUCCAUCCCGCUGCCGCACCCUGCCGGAACCUCAUCGUCUACGGCACCGAAGCCACCGGAAAGUCAGCCAUCGUCGAGUCACUCCUGCAAAAGCUCUCCAAGCCUCCCGACGAAGAACCCGAAUCUGAACCCAAAACCUCUCUUAGCUUCGCCAUCGUCAACUCUAUACAAUGUAUCACGGGCCGGCAUCUAUUCGAGCGAACAAUCGCUGCCGUGGUGGAAGCGAUACAUUGGGAGUCACCGCCCAAGAAGUGCGAGACGUUGGCCCAGUUGAUGGUUGAGAUGUGCAAGAUGCUCAAGUACACGCAACGACCCGACGGCUGGCGCCUCGUGCUCGUCUUUGACGCAAUUGACCAACAGAGGGACGCUCCCGCAUCUCUCCUCCCAGCAUUAGCGCGGCUAUCCGAAGUGAUACCAUGUCUAACCUGCGUCUUCAUCGUCACCGCACCCUCCCCAUCCAGCCUCCGCACAUCCUUUGUACCACACAUUCAAUUCCCAAACUACACCAAACAGGAAUUCAUAAAAAUCAUCUCGGCCUCGCCCCCCUCCCCGACCCCGACCACGACGCAAGACGACACAGACUUCCUCUGGACCCGCUUCGUCGGCGCCGUCUGCGACGCCCUCACGACCUCGGCAUCCCGCACCUUACCCUCGUGCCGCCACAGCUGCGACGCCCUCUGGGCGCGCUUCACGGCGCCCAUACUGGCACGUACCCACGGCCCGCGCGAGUUCUCCAAGCUCCUCAUCGCUUCUCGCGUGCACUUCCAGGACGAGAGUCUCCUGAACCCGAGUAUCGUAUCCAUCAAGCUCGGCAACCCUUCUUCUACGACGGCGGCGCCGACAACAAGGCUGAACGGCCAUACACCAGCCGGCACGCCUUCCAAGCACGGCACACCCUCCUCAAAACACGGCACGACAGCCCACACGGCCCUGAGCACCGCCACCGCCGACCUCACAACCCUCCUCCCGACAACCACCCGCCUGCUAUUGCUGGCAGCCUACCUAGCCUCGCACAAUGCGCCCCGCCACGACCUAACCCUUUUCUCAACAUACCACCACGGCCGCCGAAAACGCCGCGGCGGGGGCUUCGUGGCGCCCAAGCGGGGCCGGCCGAGCAAACACAAGAAAAUCUCGCGCAAGCUGCUCGGCGCGCAUGCGUUCGUCCUGGAGCGAAUGCUUGCCAUAUUUGCCGCCGUGCGGAGCGAGUGGGCUGCCGCCGACGUGGGUGGGUUUGGUACCGUCGGCGGCAGCGUGGUGGAUGGAGAUGUCGGUAUGGCCAUCUCGACGCUUGCAAGUUUGCGGUUGCUGAUGAAGGUUGGGACGGCUGGAGACCCGAUGGAUCGGGGUGGGAAGUGGAGGAUUAAUGUUGGGUGGGAUAUUAUUCGGGGCGUGGGGCGGAGUGUUGGUAUUGAGGUGGAGGAAUGGCUCAUCGACUAA